AUGCCUCGGUCACUUGGCUUGUUUUGCCUACAGCUCGCUGUGUUAGCUACUGCUACGCAUGGAUCGUCAGCAGGGGAUGAUGAUGAGUGCAGUUGCUAUCUGACCAAUGGCACCAACUCUGCCUAUUAUUCACGACACACCUUUCAUGACUUCCGAGACCUUGGGGAGUACGCUCGAGUGCCAAGUCCCAUUCAGAAUGCUUCCAGAAAAGCAGGCGUUGCCAGCGACUAUUUCAAAAGCGACACUUGGAAUAGCGCAUGGAGUAUUCAAGAUUGGAAUAACCGUGGGAGCGGCGGCGUGAGUCUCUCGGGCGAUGCAACUGUACUCAUGGUCAAUUCUCCGAACAACGUCUACAUUGAGAAGAACGACGAUGGCAAUGCAGCCUCGGACACGUUUCUUACCAUGCGAACCAUGCGACUUCCCAGUUUCCAGAGCGCAGCAGAGUUUGAGUCUGUCUCGACGUAUCACUACGUCUCGGUGCGAAUGCUCGCCCGUGUCACCGGUGGUGCGGGCGCAUGCAUGGCCCUGUUUACAUACCUGGGGGGUGAGGAGCUGGCCGAUGUACAAGAAGCUGAUAUUGAGAUCAUGACACGCGAUGCCAAGAAUCGGAUUCAGUACACCAACCAGCCGUCAUUCACAGAGGACGGCGACGAGGUUCCCAAAGCCACUCGCAACGCUACCCUGCCUGAGGGUGUUGAAUGGGAUGAUUGGGUGGUGCAUAGGCUGGACUGGACACCUGAACGAUCCGUGUGGUACGUGCAAGGUCAAGAGGUAGCCAGCAUCGAGUUCCAGACUCCCAAAGACCCAGCGCAGAUCAUCCUCAAUGCUUGGAAUGACGGUGGUUCUUGGAGCGGUAAUAUGAGUGUCGGUGGUGCAGCGUACAUGCAGAUCCAGUGGAUCGAUAUGGUGUACAAUGCCACGAAAGAGAACGAGGACAAGAGAAGUCUUGGUGGCCAAGUGCUAGAAGGUGAUGCUGGGCAGACAAAUAAGUUGGCUCGACGAGACGAUGAUGAGGACGGGUGUAAAGUCGUAUGUAGCAUUGAUGACGUGAGUAAGGCUGGUGAGACCAAGGUGCUCUGGAAGAGUGCGGCGUCUCAAAUGACUGAGAUGGGAUAUUGGACAGGGACGGUCGUCAUUGGGUUCGCGAUCAUGAUGUUGUGUGUUUAA